ACGGUGAUUGAAUCAUUUCCCAACAUUUAUUGGUUCCGAUACUAAUGCUAAUUGACAAAAUGCCCCAUCACUGAGUGUUACGCAGUCCACCAAAAUAGAUAGAAAGAAAGAAAGAAAGAAUGAAUGCCAAAGAAAAAUAAAACAAAACAAAUCAAAUCAUAACGAGACGGUUCAAGCCAAUAAUUGCGAGCAGGAGAGAGCAUUGCAGAGCACAUCUGAAGAUGAGACGCCGCCAUUGAGAGAGAGAGAGAGAGAGAGAGAGAGAGAUCAACGAUCCAUCGUAGACCAUUCCCGGACGGCUUCCGAUUCUGCCUCUGAGCAUGCGACUAAUGGAUUCGCCGGAGAUGACACCGACGCCAGAUCCUCCACUCCACCGAAGAAACUCCAUCACGGCGCCGGUUGUCGUUCCUGGAAAGCUCAAGGUGGUGCCAACUAAGACUGAUCGCGCCGCCAGCUUCACCACCACAAUCUUCAGCGACUUCUCGACGUCGUGCUCGUCAUCGUCGUCAGUCGAUUUCGAGCUCAUCCCGAUGGCUAUAUUCAAGCCCCCCUCCUACACCUCCCUGAGGGACCUGCUCCCUGGGGCCUCCUCCGGCGUCCAGUCCCCCAGCUGCGCCUCCUACGGCGGCAACUCCGGCUACGAAAUCUCCAUCCGCAACCGCCUCGUCAAGCAGGCGGCCUGGGCAUACCUCCAGCCCAUGUCCACCUCCCCUGGCGCCCCCGGCGACAACUUCCUCCGCCGCCUUUGGGCCGCGAUCACCGGCCGCAGGCCCUUCGCCGCGUUCUUCCGCUUCUUCACUCGCACCUUGAGCCAUGCCUUGGACUGCUUGGUCGGAGCUCUCCCGGACCGGAGCUCUAGAUAGCGAAACCCUGACGGCUUUUGGGCUCGUUGAUUUGAAUCUCCUUACAAUGUACAGAGAGAGAAUGAAAAGAAUAAAACUUAAUUCGGAGUUUUCCUGACUGAAAUGAACUCUGUUGGGAAUUAAUUGUUCGUUUUUGCAACUUUCGAGCUCGAGUCUGGUGGUUCAGCUUCCUGCUGGGAGUUGUGGGAUGGCACCGGGCAAUGUUGGCGCGGUUGCUUCCAGUGGGAGGGGCGGAGGAGCCGAUGAAGUGCGGCGGUGGUUUGCAGUAUUCAGGAAGGAAAUAUUGGUAAAGCAUAUAAUUAGACCUUGCAAUUGCGUGUAUAUAUAUAUAAUAUAGUAGAAGCCAUGGUGUUGGUGAUGAUGCAGUGAACUGUUACUCUUGUUACCAACAUAGAGUAGAGGGUAUGGAGAAGAAGAUGUAUUCCUGUGUAUACAUAUAUAUAUAUAUGUAUUUUUGGGUGCAUA